AUGAGUUUUCCAAAACGAAAACAAACGGGAACGUUAUAUCCUUGGUCUCAAAGAAAACUCUCAAUUUCUAAUCCAUUUCCUCGUUAUGGUCAUUCUGCAAGUCAAAAUGCCAUAAAUAAUGAACUAUUUUUGUUUGGUGGAAUCGCUAGGGGAAAACCUAGAAACGAAGUUUUUACCGUAGAAGUCAAUACACUUAAUGUUCUUGCCUUCGUCACUUCGGGUGAAGUGCCUUCGCCACGAAGUGGUCAUACGCAAGUAAACAUUGGAACAAAUAUAAUUGUUUUCGGAGGAUUAACCAAUGAAUCGAUGACCGAUGAAAAUUUAUAUAUCCUUGACAUUGCAUCAAAGGUAUGGAGCAUUUCCGUAUUUGAAGAUCCUCCAUUAUCACGUCAUGGACAUUCGGCAACCAUUAUCGGAGGAAAAAUGUAUAUCUUUGGUGGUCAACAUGAUGGAAAAUACUUGAACGAUUUAAUUUCUUUUGAUAUAAAAUCUCGAAAAUGGGAUGUUAUUAUUCCACGUGAUCAAUUCCCACCCGGUCGUUCCGGACAUAUUUCUUAUGCAUAUAAAGAAAAAAUUUACAUCUUUGGUGGAAUCGAUGAAAAUCAAUGUUAUAAUGAUACAUGGUGUUAUGAUACUUGGGCAAACUCAUGGGCAGAACUAUUAUGUACAGGAUAUUUUCCACUUCCACGACAUGAUCAUGGAUCCACUAUGGUUAAUGAUAUAAUAUAUGUGUUUGGUGGUAAAACUUAUGAUAAAAAAGAACAAGGCGAUUUGGCUGUAAGUGAUCAAAGAUGGUUCAUGUUUCAAAAAAUGGGACCUGCCCCAUCCUCGCGAUCUCGACAUACGAUGACUGCUGCGGGGGAUAAAAUUUUAGUACUCGGUGGUGAAUCUAUGAACUCACCUAAACCUGAUGAAGAAGGAAUAAUACACAUAAAAUACCCAUCGGUAUCACAACAGGCAAUUCCGCAGCAAAUACAACAAGGAUCGCAACAAAAGAAACAACUUUCUCCCCAAGCUAAACAAUUAUCGCCUAAAGAACUUUCUCCAAACUUAAUUGAUAAUAAUGGAAGUAUGCGUCUGAAGCAUAUAUUUCCCACAUCAAGACAAAGUUCGAAUCAAAAAUCACGCAAUGAAGACGAAAAAUCUCAUAGUUCAAAAUCAGGUAGUACAGAUGACACACUCUCUACACAACAAUUUCAACAAGCGCAAAUUUCUUCUCGUUCAAUAAGUCCUUUUGGUUCUCCGCGGAUGGCACCAGAAAACACAGGAGGAGGAAUGUAUUCUUCAAUACCUCCUGGGUAUCCAAGAGGUCCCGCAAGCUAUUCACGUCAGGGAUCACCGUCUCCAAGAGGGAUGUCCGCUUAUGACGUUAACACAAUCGCAAUGUCAAAUUCAAAGGGAAACCCUCCCGAGCAGAUAAUUUAUAUGGAACGUUCUACUUCUCCUCAAUCACGUUCACAAUACGGAAACGCCGAAAGUCUUCGAAAGAAAACGUCUUCCCCAUUUGGCAAUGCGAUUGAUGAAAUCUCAAAACAACAACAAAAUAAUGAUAAUCUUCAACAACAGAGAGGGAAGAAACAAUUUGAAAACCCUCGUCAAGCUCCUCGUCCUCCUAACCCAAAUAUGAAUACCUUGGACAAUCAAAGUAAAUCGGUCCCCUACAGCGGUAUGUCGAGUGACAAAGGAAAUUUUACCGGAGGGUUGUUGAUGUCACCCACUGCACCCUCAUCGCCGGCAUCUCAAAACUCUAAUACGAUGCCACCAAGUCCCAUGUCUUAUGAAGAAGUGAAUUCUUUGUCGUCAACAAUCACGAAUAGUCCUGUUGAAGUUUCCGAUACUGUCGAUCAUUCUCCGGCACGUAUCGAACGCGACGAUUUGACACGCGAAUUACAGCAACGCGAUCAAAUUAUAUCUACGUUUAAAAGGCGUGAAAUGUGGUUUAGAACCGAAUUAACUUUAGCUAGAAAAUCCGGAUAUACCCCAGGUAAUGAUACCGACAAUCCUCCGCCUGAUGGUAUCGAUAUUGAACAUUUAUUGGAUAUGAAAGAAUUAAUGCUUGUAGCAAAUCAAGCUCAAAUUUCAUCUCAAAAAAUCACAGAAUCCGAACGAGCGCGUACUGCUGCAUUACAAGAAGCAGCAUAUUUUAAAGCAAAAUUAACGGCUAUAAUGAAUUCAUCAGAAUCAAAGUUAGCAAGCAUUGAAGUAAAACGUGCCAACGACCUUGAAAAACGGUUAACGCAAGCAUUAACCGAGAAAGAAAAUAUACAUAAUAAAUACAUGCAAUCUCAACAGAAGUUAAAUUAUGAAACCGCUAUUAGGGAAUCAGCUGAAGAACAAACGAAAAUCGCUACAUUUCGUGCUGAAGAAGCUGAAGAAGCCCAUGCACGUGCUUUAUCAAACCUUGCAACUCUUCAUUCUCGUGCUACCACAGCCGAAGCUUUACUAAGGGAAACUAAAACGAAAUUAAUAGAAACAUCUGCAGAUUUAACACAAAACCGUUCAGGAAAUGAUAGCAUUCUGUCACAAUUAAAUAAACUUCAACAGUCCGUCGAACAACAUCAACGAGCGCUUGAAAAAGCAAACGACGCUCUUACGGUCGCCAAUGAAAGAACGAGUGAAUUUGAAAAGUUAUGGAAACAGUCAAGGCAAGAAAUUCAGAUAUUAGAAAAAGAAACUUCGAGCCUACGAGCCGAACUGGAUGUUAAAAUGCAAGAUUUAGAUCGCUUAAAAGCAAGAGCCAUUGAAAUGGAAAGUUUACUAGAUAAAGCACACAAAGAAAGCGAAACGAUGAGAGCAACCAUACAAGAAGGGAUGAAUAAUUUAUUGGAUAAUUCCUCAAAGUCGAAUUCUGACUUAAGUAAUUACUUAAAUGUUACGGAUAAACUUCAACUUGUUGAACAAGAACUUUCUGAACUUAAAAUAAUUCAUGCUGAAACACAAAGAUUUGCUAAUGAUGCCUCAACCGAUUUAUCAGAUGCCAAAGUUAAAAUUCUGCAAUUAGAAUCGUCCGUUAUGAAAGCUCGUUCAGAAUCUGCGCAAUUACAACGUAGGCUGGGAGAAAGCAAUGAUGAAAUUAUGAAGAUAAAAGUGCGUUUAAGGGAAAAAGAACGAACCUUAGACGAAAAGGUUCGAGCCCUUGAAGAUUCUGAAGUUAAAGCUGGAAUGAUGCGUGACGUCAUGACCGAAAGAGGAAUAUUAUUUGGUAACUUGACAGGAGGUCAACAAGCGUCAACGUCUUUGCAAUUUAGAGAAAUGGAAGCGCGUUACAGGGAAUUAGAAAAUAUGUAUACUAAAGCACAAGCUGAAAACGCAAAAUUUAAGGAUGUAUUACAGAAAAUCUAUGAUGCAGAACGAUCAAGUAAUGGAGAUUCAAAGAACUUAACAUCGAAUAUCAUAAGUAAUCUAGCAUUAGAGGAGAAAUUGAGAGUUACCGAUAAGGAGUUAAAUGAGACUCAACAACAGUUUGACGUCACUAGGCAAAAAUUGAAUCAAUUAGAAACGGAUUAUAAAACCGCCACGCAUUAUGUUAAGGGAACCGAAAAAAUGUUGAGGAGAAUGAAAGAUGAAUUAACAAAGAAUAAAUCCGAAAGUUCUAAGUUAAAAUUACAGUUAUCAACCGCACAGCAUCAAAAUGAAGAUUUAGAAGAUAAAAUUUCUGAACUUGAGAACCAAAUGUCAUUACAAAAAGGAUUUCGUGCUUCAAGGCAAGAAUUUGCAAAUAUUAAACAAAUAGUUAUACAACGGGAAGAAUUUUUAAAAGAAAAGGAAGAAAUGGAAAAGAAGAUAUCAGAAUUAAGUAAACAAGUUGAACAUGCUAUGGAGGAGAAAUGUAUGUCUGAUCAAUCGUAUGAAGCUUUGAAAAAGGAAUAUGAUCACAUACGUAAAGAGUAUAACCUUUUACGUCAAACUGGUGAGUCACUAAAAGAACAAUUCUCCAGAACCGAUAGAGAGAUUAAAGAGCUGAAAGAUGAAUUAGAAGAAACUUUAUCACUAAAUGAACUUUUAAAUCAACAACUUGAUGAAGCUUUAAAAAAUAAUGGUCACGUAAAUGAAAAACGAUUUUCCGUAAUAAAUCGGGAACACCUUGCGAUUGAACAACAGAAAUGGAAGGCACAGAAAGAAUAUUUGGAACUACAAAUCAAAGAAAUCCAAGAAACAAAUGACCAACUUCAAAAUGAAAAUAUAGAAUUAGGCAAUAAGUUACAAGAUUCAGAAAACAAAAUAUCUUUGCUUUUAGAUCAAGUGGAAACUGCAGUUGUAAUAAAAGAAAAUCCAAGAGAUUCAAGAAUAAUAAACGCUUUAACAAAUGAAUUAGAUGUACUAAAAUCACAAUAUAAAAUUUCGGAUAAAUAG